GCAGUACUGGGUGCCUUGGCGGAGGAGACAGAAAUCAAGAAGUGUCCAGUAGCCAAGGGUCUCUAUGGAUUCUGCUCCACCUACCGCUUUGUUGCUGCAGUGUAUAUCUCCAGGCUGAUGUGUUUCCACAUCUUGCUCGCCUGUCCAAUGUUUUCCAGCAGGAAAAUGUCAACUUCUUGGCAAUAAAAGAGCAGGUCCAUUAAUUUAUUACUUUAACAUGUUUCUCCCUUAAUAAGAGAGUAGAACCAGUUAGACCAUUAUAGCAUGACAUUUUGCAUUCAAGAAAAACUAUUUUUGUGACUGCCUUUCAGGUCCCAGUGACACUGGCAUGUCUGAGAGCCAUCAGGGAUGCUGGUGAUGCACAGCCGCUUGGACCUGGAUGACCCUGCAGGAUUAGGGGCCUUUGAAAUCAGUCAUGAAGAGGAGAGGGGAAGGAGAGGCAGAGGCCAGGUGGAGUACACCAGAGACAUGCUCUGGUCCCGGUUCAGGACACAGGUAAUGGAGCCAUAUCUGGAUGGUCUCCUGGACAGCCUGGACAGGAGACUUCAAAACCUGGGGAUAAUUAGAGCUUUCCAUGUGCUGGGACCCAAGGCACUUAAAGAAGAUGAUGCUGUCGUCACUGAAGACCUCAAGAAACUGUCCAAAAAAUUCCUGCAGCCUGAAACCACUCUGCUGCAGGAAUGGUCAUCCUACAAGCAGCAUUUACUCACAGGAGCUUUUAAGGAUAUGGACCAAGUAACAACAAUGGAAAAACUGUCAUCCCAGAAUGACGAGGGGGCACAGCUGUAUCCCUCCUUGAGUCAGCUGGCAGCCAUUGCCCUGACGGUUCCCAUCUCAAGUGUGAACUGUGAGAGGGAUUUUUCAACGAUGAAUAGGAAUUUGCUGAGGGCCGAUUCAAAAUGGACUGCGGGCCGCAUUUGGCCCCCGGGCCGUAGUUUGGACACCCCUGAGGUGAAGACUGACUUGAGAAACAGGCUGCAGGGGGAUCACCUUGCAGCAUGUAUGCUCCUGAGCAUCAGCGGGCCACCUCUUGGAGAAUUUCCAUACAUAAGAACUUAGAGCUCUUCUAUAAAAAACCCAGAGAAAUCAAUCGUUCUGAGCCUGGGAGCACACUUUGCCACUGAUACAGCAAGAAAUUAUGGUUUGUUUUUAUUUAUAUUUAUUUAAUUUUAUUGUUUUAUUUAUUUUUUAUUUGUACAUUCAGCCAUUUUCAACAACU